AGCGACCUUUAGUUUCCCUCCUUUUCUUCCCUCCGUUCUCCAUCGCGGAGACCGAGAUAUAGAAACAGAGAGAGCAAAGGAGCCUUCGUCUUCUCCUUCCUUUCUUGAAGGCGUAAGAGGAUUCGUCUUUCUCUGAGCAUGGCUUCACCUGAGGAUGAAGUUGGGAAAGAAGGCUUGCCCCCUCCGCCACCAGUCAUACCACCACAUGUUGUCCCAAUAAAGGCUGAGCCUUCUCCAAGACCAGAACAUCUGAAGCGCUCUCCGAUGGUGAGGUGUGGUUUUGGUUCUGGUGGACGGCACAUCCAGUUGCUCUCGAACCACUUCAGUGUUAGAUUUACUGCCCAAGAUGCAGCUUUCUACCACUAUACCGUUACUAUCAAAUCUGAAGAUAAGCAUGCUGUAGAGGCUAAGGGGAUGGGACGAAAAAUCAUGGACAAGCUUUAUCAGACUUACAGUUCUGAGCUUGCUGGGAAGGAGUUCGCUUAUGAUGGAGAGAAGAGCUUAUUCACUGUUGGUCCUCUUCCUCAGAACAAUUUUGAGUUCACAGUUGUCUUAGAAGAAUCAUCACUGAGGAGGGUUGGUGGUUUAAGUCCAGGUAAUGCUAGCCCCAGUGAAGGUGAUCGGAAGCGAUCAAAGCAUUCACGCCUUGCAAAGAAGUUUAACAUAGAAAUAAGUUAUGCUGCUAAGAUUCCCUUGAACUCCAUUGCACUUGCUCUUAAAGGAAGUGAGUCGGAACACACCCAGGAUGCUUUGAGAGUUCUAGACAUCAUAUUAAGACAACAACAGGCCAAAAGGGGUUGCCUCCUUGUUAGACAAUCUUUUUUCAAUGGUGAACAUACAAACUUCUGUGACUUGGGUGGUGGUGUCGCGGGCUGCCGAGGUUUCCACUCAAGCUUUCGCACCACUCUAGGUGGUUUGUCAUUAAACAUGGAUGUUUCCACUACAAUGAUUAUGAAACCUGGUCCAGUCGUGGACUUUUUGCUGGCCAACCAGGGCGUUAAGGAUCCUCGUCAAGUUGACUGGGUGAAGGCUAAACGAAUGCUGAAAAAUAUGAGAAUCAAGACUAGGCACAAUAACUUGGAAUUUAAGAUCAUAGGGAUAAGCGAGAUGCCAUGCAACCAGCAACACUUUCCAAUGAAAGUCAGAGAUGGCAAUGGAGAAGGUCAGAUCGUGGAGGUUACUGUGUAUGAUUACUUUGUCAACAGCCGCAAGAUUGAGUUGACAUGGUCAGCCAAUAUGCCCUGCCUUGAUGUGGGAAAACCAAAGCGCCCUAAUUACCUUCCUGUUGAGCUUUGUCAUCUUGUGUCACUGCAACGUUAUACCAAGGCAUUGUCUGGUCAACAAAGAGCUGCCCUAGUGGAAAAAUCACGACAGAAGCCUCAAGAACGGAUCAGAGUAGUAACUGAUGCUGUGCAAACCAAUCGGUAUGAAGAAGAUGUGUUGCUAUCUUCUUGUGGUAUUCAUAUCGAGAGGAAACUCACCCAGUUGGAUGGCCGUGUUCUUCCUGCACCAACGUUGAAGGUUGGUAAUGCAGAAGACUGCGUCCCUCGCAACGGGCGAUGGAAUUUUAACAGCAAGAGGCUUUGGGAGCCCAUAAAGAUUGAGCGUUGGGCAAUUGUGAAUUUUUCUGCACGUUGUGAUAUGAGUCAUCUUUCUCGGGAACUGAUAAACUGCGGAAAGAACAAAGGAAUUCUUAUUAAUCGUCCCUUCACUUUAAUUGAAGAGGAUCGUCAAUGGAUAAGAUCUGGGCCUAUGGUAAGAGUUGAACGGAUGAUUGAACAGAUAAAAGCAAGGCUACCUGGGCCUCCUGAAUUUCUUCUAUGUGUCUUGCCAGAGAGAAAGAAUUCUGAUAUUUAUGGGCCAUGGAAGAGAAAAAAUCUUCAUGAGUUGGGUAUAGUUACUCAAUGUAUUGCUCCUAAUAGAAUCAAUGACCAAUAUUUGACAAAUGUCCUUCUGAAAAUUAAUUCUAAGCUUGGUGGCACCAACUCUAUAUUAGCUGUUGAACAUCGAAAUUGUAUCCCCUUAAUCAAUGAGAACCCUACCAUGAUUUUGGGGAUGGAUGUUUCUCAUGGAUCUCCUGGAAGAUCUGAUAUUCCAUCCAUAGCAGCAGUUGUUGGGUCUAGAUAUUGGCCGCUGAUAUCAAGAUAUAGAGCAUCUGUAAGAACACAGUCUCCUAAAUUGGAAAUGAUUGAUUCUCUUUACAAGCCACAAGCAAAUGGACAGGAUGACGGAAUAUUAAGGGAGCUGUUGGUAGACUUCUAUCAAACUAGUGGUUGCAGAAAACCUUCUCAGAUAAUCAUUUUCAGGGAUGGUGUGAGUGAAUCUCAGUUCAGUCAGGUUUUGAACAUUGAGCUUGACCAAAUUAUCAAGGUUUAUGAGCAUUUAGGUGAGGCUACACUUCCAAAGUUCACAGUGAUUGUGGCACAAAAGAACCACCACACAAAACUUUUUCAAGCUGGUGGCCCUGAAAAUGUUCCACCUGGAACUGUUGUGGAUACAAAGGUUGUUCAUCCAAGAAAUUAUGAUUUCUACAUGUGUGCUCAUGCUGGAAUGAUAGGAACCUCAAGACCAACCCAUUACCACAUCUUGCUUAAUGAGAUUGGCUUUUCAGCUGAUGAUCUGCAGGAGCUUGUUCAUUCACUUUCCUAUGUAUAUCAGAGGAGUACCACAGCAGUAUCUAUCGUGGCUCCUAUCUGCUAUGCACAUUUGGCGGCAGCACAGAUGUCCCAGUUCAUGAAGUUCGAGGACUUCUCAGAGACCUCUUCUGGACAAGGUCCAGUCACCGCAUCUGGACAGUCUGCCAUUCCAGAACUUCCACAAUUGCAUCCCAAUGUGUGCAGCUCCAUGUUCUUUUGCUAAGUUUCUGCAGGUUACUGGUGAUACUGGAAUUUUGUUUGGGUAAACAGCCGAGCUGCAGGUUUACCAUCUGUCCAUCUGUCUUUAAACUAUGACUUGCAGACAACUUGAAUUUGAGGCCUGGCAACUAAUGGGUUUCAAAGAUACUUUAGAUUUUGAUAUUUCUAUAAAUAUUUCCAAUGAGUGAUUUUGUUACUUACCUUUGUAAAAAGUUUGGAGGAGUAUUCUACAGGCACCCUUUUUGUUUUUGGUAUAAUACUUAAGUUUUUUUAUUGUUCUAUCGGUAUGAAAAGGACACAUUAUUUGAUGAAUACUUGAAUCUUCAAGAUUCUUCUUCGAAUUAAUCUUCUGUUACAGUUUCGGAUAGUACUG